AUGGCACCGUCAUCAUUGUCAUCGACGACGACUACGGCGUCGAGCACGACUCCUUCUAGUCGAUCUCAUUCACGGCCCAGCAGCAGCUCUAACGACAGCCCCUCUAGGCCAUCGCAACACAUCUCAAAAUACCCACGAACAACAAUGCAACAUCCUACAAACCCUAUCCCUGUUGGUGUCCUCGGAGCGACGGGCACCGUAGGACAGAGGUUCAUAACGCUGCUGUCGACGCACCCGUGGUUCACCAUCCAUGCGCUUGGGGCAUCGCCGAGAUCAGCAGGCAAAACGUACAAGGAUGCCGUUAACUGGAAGCAGGUGACGCCGAUUCCUGCGUCGGUGCGGGAUAUCGUCGUCAAGCCGUGUGUCGCGCAGGAGUUCUUGGAGUGCAAAGUGGUGUUUUCUGGGUUGGAUGCGGACGUUGCGGGCGAUAUCGAGGAGGCGUUCCGUGCCGCCGAUCUCGCUGUCUUCUCCAAUGCGAAGAACUUCCGCCGCGAUCCUAAUGUCCCACUCAUCGUGCCCCUCGUCAACCCCUCGCACCUGGCUAUCAUUCCACAACAACAGUCGCUUCUGUCGCUCAAGAAGGGUUUUAUCGUCACCAACGCCAACUGCUCGACGACAGGAUACGUCAUACCCCUCUAUGCGCUUGAGAAGGCGUUCGGCCCUAUCGAAGCUGCACUGGUUACGACGAUGCAGGCCAUCUCCGGUGCCGGGUAUCCGGGAGUCUCGUCGCUCGACAUCCUGGACAACGUCAUACCUUACAUCGGUGGCGAGGAAGAGAAGAUGGAGUGGGAGACACUCAAGAUCCUCGGCGGUGUAGCCGAAGACGACCAAGGGGCCAAGUCGUUCGACAUGCAUGCGAAGCAGCCCCUGCGGGUGUCAGCAUCAUGCAAUCGAGUCCCGGUUAUCGAUGGGCACACCGAGUGCGUGUCAAUACGCUUCGCGAGGAGACCUCCCCCAUCGCCUCAACAGGUUCGUGAGGCGUUGGCUGCGUUCACCCCAGACGCACAAUCUCUCGGGUGCCCAUCCGCCCCCAGACACGCUAUCACUGUCCACGAGGAGCCAGACAGACCCCAGCCCAGGCUCGACAGGUAUUACCAGGACGGGGCGGGUGUUUCGGUGGGCAGGGUCCGGCAGUGCCAGGUGCUCGAUAUUAAGUUCGUCGUCCUUGCGAAUAAUGUGUCGAUAGGUGCCGCGACGAGCAGCAUCAUCAAUGCCGAAUUUGCGGUGCUGAAAGGUGUGGUGCAGGUCUGA